UACACGUACCGGAACUACCAGGUGACUCACUCCGUUGGCAUCUAAACGAAGAAUAAUGCGCUGUGACAAGUUACUGACAAGAGCGUGAUCCCGUCACUUUCGCCUGCGGGCACUCCAAAGUCGGCGUUUUUCCGGCACUACCUUUUCGCCGACCUUGAAUCGAAAAGGCUAACGGCGGUCAUCGGAGAUGGACGAUGCGAAGACGACGGCGACGCGAGUCGACCGUUGGGGUUACCAGUUACGAACGAGUUCCGAUGCUUGUGUGGUUGCGAUUGAUGCCUACUACGACCAAGUGCUGUCUUACGGCCGGAACCGCGCUAUCAUCCUUGAUGCCCCUGCCAACGAUCCCGCCUGCGUACUCGGCAAUGCCCUUGCCGCUCACUUCCUUUGUUCCAAGGAUCUGCCCAAGGCCUCAUCCCUACUCGUCUCAGCUGCUGCAGCCCUUAAGAAUGCCACUUCGUAUGAGAAAGCGGUUUAUGAAGCAAUAAUUCUGUUGGUUGGAGACGGAAGGGACGAGGAAGAGGCACUGAGUCGGCACUUUGAGUUAGUAAAAGAAUAUCCUAAAGAUUUGGUUUCACUAAAGAGAGCUCAGAUUUUAUGCUUCUACAUGGGCCAGCCACAUCAUUCUCUGAAUCUUGUAGAAAAGGCACUUCCACAUAAUCAAGGUCAGAGUUUCAUAUAUGGUAUGCUAGCUUUUCCCUUACUCGAGCUUGGAAGAAUGGCUGAAGCCAAGUCUGUUGCAAGGAGAGGAUGGGAAAUCAACAGAUUUGACAUCUGGUCUCAGCAUUGUCUAUGCCAUGUCUUACAGUAUGAAUGCCACUUCAACGAAGCAGUGGAAUUCAUGGAAUCUUGUUCUUCCACAUGGCGUUCUUGUUCAUCUUUUAUGUACACUCAUAACUGGUGGCAUGUUGCUGUUUGUUAUUUGGAAGGUAAUGCUCCCCUGCGCAAAGUUUUAAAAGUGUAUGACGAACAAAUCUGGAAAGAACUGCAAAGAAAUUAUUCUGAUCGAGCAGAGGUGUUUGUAAAUGCUUUAGGUCUACUACUUCAGCUUGAUGUUCGGGACCAGAUGGAUGUUAUGAAGGAUAGACUAUUAUUGGCAGCUGAAACACUUAAGGACAAGUCUAUGUGGCAUGUAGAAUGGUUGCUUGACAUAUUGUCUCUCUGGACUUUAGCUCGUGCCAAAGAAUCACUUAAAGCUGAAGAGCUACUGAACUCCAUCAAGUCAAGGAAUUCCUUUUUGAAGAAGCAAAAUGUAAUGCAAAGAGCAACACAGCUUGCAGAAGCUACUUAUGAGUAUGGCAGAGGCAAUCAUCACAAAGUAGUUGAUAUACUUGGUCCAGAUUUUGAUGCGAUUGAUUUUAAAAUGAUUGGGGCUUCUGAUGAACAACUUGAUGUUUUCAAUGAAAUUUGGUACAAUGUUUUGCUAAACACAGGAAAUGCCUCAAAAGCGAUAGAUCUGAUUGAGAAACAGCUUAAGAAAAGAGUGGGGUGCCCUUACUUGUGGCGCUUGUUGGAGAAGGCAUAUGGUAUUGCAGGGAAGGGAGAUGCUGCUAUGGCGGCUGAGAAGGCAAAAGCUCUGGAAAUAUCUUAUUUCAAUUAAAUUGUUCGAAAUAUGUAAUUGUUGGACACUUUUUCUGUGUCACUUCAUAAUCUCUGAUAUCUUAAAUUUUCUGAUUUAUGGAUGAAAAAAACAACAUUUGUUCAUGUUGCACGCACUGCAUUUGUCAAUAUAAAACAAAAAUUGUUUUUUUGUUCAAA